CAUAAGGAUGCAUUUCGUAUUUGUUCAACCGGCAUAACUGUUAAGGAUUAAUUAUAGCAGUCUUAAGAGUGUAAAAUCAACAUAAUCAUUUAAUUAAAUGGGAUUACCAUCACUUGGAAUAUUUUGCAACAACACAAAAAAAGAGAAAGUUUAUAUUUUUUAUGCUAUUUGAUUAAAGUGAUCUUCAGAAAGUUUAAUGAAAAUAUUUUAUUUUUUAUGAUCAAUAAGGAGAAAGUGCAUGUAAAUAAAUAAAAAUAUGCAAUAAAAAGAUCAAAAAUAGCAUAAAAUUUCUUUAAAAUCUCUAAGAAGUAUUGAAAGUGAUCAAAGUGUUAAAAAGUUUUUAGGUGGAAAAAAAUCCAACUUGCAAUUGUUCGUGAACUGAAGGAAAAGUACCGAGAAAUAUUUCAUUUUUAUGUAAAGAAACCAGAAAAUCGAGAAACAAGGAAAGCAAACAACGAAAGUAAAAGAACGGCAAAAGAAAAAAAGAGAGAAAGAAAGAAGAAUAUAAAUGAACUGAAAAUUUUGUUGGAGAUCAUUGCUGGGAAAAAAAUUCUUUUAGUCGCAACGUUUACACAAAUACAACUUAAAUCUAAUUGAACGCAGCGAAUAUAUGUGGAAAGAAAGAAUUCUUCGAUACAUAAACAAAAAUUAAACAGGGUCGUUUUCAUCAAAGAAAGUGGAAAAUUGAUCAUCAUAAAAACAUUCCAAGACGUUGAGAAUCUCGUUGGAGAGAAAAGUGAAUUUAAUAAAUAAAUUAACCUUUAUGACAAUUGAUGAUUGGCAGUACAUGAAAAAGAUCUUAUUAAAGUGAAAGAGUAAUAAAAGUCUGUAAUAUUUAGUAGUUUAAAUGAAGUCUCUAAAUUGAUCUAAAAAUAUAAAGAGGAAGAUGUGAAUUAUAACAAUAGAAAAAAGAAUUAGUGAUUGUGGUGAAAAAAAUUAAACUAAAUAAUUAAUUCAAAAUUCUAAAGUUCACGAGAAAUUCGUAUAAUUUAUCGUCACUUCCAAGCAGAAUGCAGGACAAUAAUAACAGCGGCAAUCUUUUAAAUGGCGACACAAGAUCGCCUGACAGAUUUGCAAAUAUUCGAGCUGCUGAGGAGAGAAAACUUUUAGCUAGAAACAAUGGUCACAAUAGUAAAAAAAUUAUCAUGGAACAAGUUACAAAUAUCCCAAUUCCCGAAGACGACAAUGAAGAUGGAGAUAAAAAUAGCGGGCAUGAAAGUGGUGGAACAGCAUCAACGCCAGUAGACGCUGACAAUACUGACUCUGUCCUUCUCAAGGAUAACAAUCAAAAGAAUCAAAAUCAUCCUCGACGAGCACUUGAAGCUAUCUACACUCACUACGAGAUAUCAAAAAAAUCUCGAGCUCCAUUUUUAAUCUUAAGUGUCGCAUGUCUCAUACUCCUUCUCAUUGUCAUUGUCUUGGCAAUUGUCUGGCCUUACAUUCCUAGUUACAUGAGAGCAGAUGUUUGCAUCGAACCGGAGUGCUUUGACGCUAGUAAACAGAUUCUUGGUUGGGCGGAUGUGAAGGAGCCAGUAUGUGAAAACCCUUAUAAAUUUACUUGUGGCAACUUCAUCAAUCAAUAUCGCAACCACGAGUUGUAUUUAAUUAACAAAGGCGAAUGGGGUUCAAAUUCUCAUUUUGAGUAUGAAGAUUUAAAUGCUGCGAACGCAUUUAUAUCAAAAUUACCGAAUCUACCUUCAAGAAGCUCAAUUCAGCCGAUGAUCAAAAAGAUUUACACAAAUUGCAUGAACAUCCGCUCGGAAGAAAGAACACAAGAAAAUUUACAAGUUCUCAAGACCAUUCUAGAAACAGCUCCUGAACAAUAA